AUGCUCAAUCACAAGAGCCGAACUCAGAGGGGCUUUGGAAGGGCUAAGGAUUGCUUGGCGAAGAGGCUUCAAGAAGAUACAGCUUAA